AUGACCUUGCUCCAUGACUACUUUCACACUCGGAACUUGCAGGCUUUCCAGCGCUUGCUCGAUGGCAGCGCCGGAGUCAACAGCAGCAGCUAUGACCGCGGUUCCCACUACAACUCUGGCAGCAACGCUGCGCCGUCCUCUUCUCCGGGGUCAAGCUGGACGCCUGGUCGGUCAGCCAAGGGAAACAAAGUGAACGUCAACGCACGCGACUGGCUCGGCCGCACGGUCCUGCACCUCGUCUGCGCGUCGCCGGAGAGCAGCAGCGUCGAGUACGCCAGAUCACUUCUCAAGCACCCGAGCAUCGACGUCAACCUCGCGGACACAGAGAGCAUGUGGACGCCUCUCCAUCGUGCGCUGUACACCGCGAAUCUGCCAGUAGCGCUUUUGCUGUUGCAGCGAUCCGAUAUUGAUGCGGGUGUCAAGGACGCGGAAGGAUAUACCGCCAUUGAUCUGUACAACUCGACUGUGAACGGGACGAAACCCGAUCCCGCACAGCGCGACGCCGAGCUGUACACAUGGGGCGCGAACAAAAACGCAGCAUUGGGCCUCGCAGACGCCGAUGACCGCGUCCACCCCGACCGCGUACUCAUCAAGCCAGCCAUCGCGCCCCCCGCCCACGCACCGCUCUCCGUGCGCUUCGCGCCGAUCCCCGUGCGCCAGGUGUGCAUGUCGAAGCUGCACACGGUCGUCGUCACAGGCGAGAGCGAGGGGAAUGUGCGAGUGUGUGGGUUCGGGAGCGGCGGGAGGCUCGGCGCGUCGCAGCACAUGCAGUAUGCGCUAAAGCCGCUCCCGGCGCUCUCUGCGCCUCUGCCUGGAUCUGCGCCGGCGGCUUUCUCUGGAUCGUCGGUGUCUUCCUCGUCGUUUGCGUCGUCGACAAUUUCCCCUGGAACUACACCUACGCCUGGCACCACGCCUACCCCUACGCUGCCCUCCGCGCACACGCACGGAUCGCACCCGCAGAUCCAGAUCCAAAUCGCAAGCGUUGCAGUAGGCCAAGACCACACGCUCGCACUCACAACCUCCGGCGACGUGUACUCCUGGGGCCUGAACCGCUUCGCGCAGCUCGGGUACAUUGUAGAGUCGUCGUCUAAUUCUUCGUCCACUUCCUCCUACACGUACACGCCGUCGUCGUCCUCGGCUGCGAAUGCGAAUGCGGGUGCAGGCUCGAGAGGAUAUGGAUAUGGACAGGACGAAGAGCAGAUCCAGAGCGUGCCGAAGCGCGUGGUGGGUGUGCUCAGGCGUGAAGUUGUAGCGGGCGUUGCAGCCUCCCGGAACGCCAGUGCUUGUUGGACUAGGCUUUCUUCUGUCGGUGGUGGGCAGGAAAGCACAGCAGCAGGAGGAGGAGGAGGAGGGGUGGUGUAUACGUGGGGCACGAACACGGGCCAGCUGGGGUAUGAUCGCCAUGCCCAGCCUGUGCAGGUUCUACCGAAGCAAGUUACCAGGCUUUCGGCGCCGGUUGUUGGGCUUGCUAUGAGUGACACCGUGCUCGUUGCGCUGCUUGUAACGCACCAUGUGGAGUGUAUAUGGAACGAUAGGCAUUAUCGUAUAAGCUUCCCAACACACGCUUUCCCCUCGGGCAUCGAACCCUACCGCCCACCUCAUUCCAUCCGCGACUCGUGGAUCUCAAAGGUGACGGGUUGUGAAGACAUGUUUGCCGCGCUCUCGUCGAAUGGGGAGGUGUUUACGUUUUCGGCGCCGUCGGGUGAUGGGGCCACUGUAAGCGGGGAAAGCGGGGGAGGAGGAGGAGGGAGGGCGGGGAGCAGUGUGUUUAGGCCGCAGAGGGUAUGGGCGCUUAGGAGGAAAUUUAGUGCUGUCAAAGACGUUGCACUCGGUGCGGACGGCUCGAUUAUCAUCUGCACGGAGUCAGGACACGUCUUCGUGCGCACGCGAAACGUGCCUACGGGUAUAUCAAUCACUUCUUCGCCUUCUUCCUCGCCUUCUCUGUACACCACCCCUUCCUUUUCCUCAGGAGGUGGCAGUGGAGGAGCAGGGGGCAAAGCGUUCAAGUUCACCCGCGUGCCGUUCCUCCAGCGCGUCGUGAAAGUGUGCGCGAAUGCGUCAGGCGCGUUCGGCGCCCUCCGUGUUGAGUACCGGCCGCGCGGCGUGGAUGCCCAUGCGGAUGGCAGGAGCUUUGGGGAGGAGAUUCGGAGGGUGAGGCCUUUUGUUGUUUCGAUGUGGGAUGAGGAGGAGGCUGGGAAGGUGGUGGGUGGUGAGGGUGUGCAGGAGGGUGGUGGGGGUGAUGAUGAUGAUGGAGAUGGGAAGGAUUUGGAGGGUAGGGAUAAGGCGAACGCGAAGGGGAAGGGGAAUGAAGUGAAGAUGAAGGGGGACGCUCUGGAUGCGGAUGAGCAGGAGGAAGGGGGUGUAGGUAUUGAAGGAGAUGUUACGCGGGUGCUUGAGCUGUGCGAUGUGCUGCUUCGCCAACAGCAGAAGCAGCAGCGUGUAUCUGCCAGUCAAACUCAGGGCCAAGGUCAAGGACCAAACUCCCCCCACGCCACAUUCGACCUACACUCUCACUUAAAAUCCGGAAAGCUGCCGUACGGUGGCGACGCGGUGGUACACGUCCAUUCGUUCGCGUUCCCCGUGCAUAGCGUUCUGCUCGCCGCGCGCUCUGGGGUGCUGCAGGCACUCCUCCAGGGCGAGGUUCCAGGGGACAGCAUAAGCGAGGCGGAUGGGAGGCAGGGCGUAUGGGCGAGCGUUAAGCUGUUGCCUUCGCUGCGCGUGCCAAACCCGAAUUCAAGCUCCAACUCGAACUCAAACCCGAGCCCGGGCGUCGGACAAGCUGUGUCGCGUAUCAUGCGUCUUGAAGUGAAGGGGUGCCAUCACCCGCUGACGGUGAUCGUUCUGCUGCAUUAUCUAUAUGCGGAUGAGGUGCUGGCGGUAUGGGAUCGGAGGAUUGGAGGCGCGGAGGAGGUGCAGCGGGUGUGGGCGUUGUUGAGCGCCGGUGCGGCUGGUAAGAGUGGUGCUACCACUGGAGGUGAGAGUGCAAAGGGGGGCGUGAAAAGGGGAGGUAAAAGUGCCAAUGCGAAUGUCAAUUCCAAGGUAGAUGGGAACACGAGUGCGACAGUGAACCCGACGAGGGUGAGGCAGGAGCUGCAGCUCCUGGCGAAGAUGCUGGAUCUGCCUGCGCUGAGCGCGGCGUUGGAGGCGCCUGUGAAAAGGGAGCCGGCAGGCACGCUGGCGAGGGAUAUGAAGAGGUUGUUUGAUGCCGUCCAGGUGGACCCUUCCUCCUCAUCCAAGACGGCGCUGCGCCCAGACGUCAUCCUCCAACUCGCCGACCGGGAAGUGCGGUGCCACUCGUUUAUCCUGCGCGCACGCUCCCCUCUCUUUGAGAGUUUCUUUGGGCUGGAGGAUUGGACGCGCAAUCGGUGGGGCGAGGACGGGAUCGUGCGUGUGGAUAUGCGGCAUAUGAGUUGGGAUGUGGUCAGGUUUGUGACGGGGUAUAUGUGUUGUGGGCAGGAUGAGGAGAUGUUUUGGGUGCUUGAUUUUGUCAAUUCGGUGGAGGAGCUUGUGCAGUUCAUGUUCCAGGUUCUUGCUGCAGCAAACGAACUCCUCCUCGACCGCCUCGUCUUGCUCUGCUCCUCCGUCAUCCUCGCACACACCAACAUAAGCAACGCAUGCUAUAUCCUCGCCGACGCCUCGCACUACCACGUACAACCGCUCAUCGCUUCCCUGCACGAAUACAUCGCGGUCAACAUGGAGUCCUUCCUCAUCGACAACCGCAUCCUCGACGACCUGCCACACGCGCUCGUCAAGCAGCUCGCCCACUUUGUGCGCGCGCGUCAAGUCGAGAAGACGCCGUUUGCGCGUGGAGGAGAGUUUGUGGAGGGGCUUCUGGAGAAGUAUAAAGUGUGGUUGGAGAAUGAGGAUGUGCCAGAUGUAGCGGGCUUUGUGAGGGCGGCGUCUGCGGUGAAGCCGCUGAAGCGCGAUUUCUCCAAGGCGGCACCGCAGAGUCAGGCAAAGGGUGCGGCGUCGUCUGCUACUCAGUCUAGAACGUGGAGUGUGUUGGGAAAGAACAGCACUGCUGCGUCAUCGACAUCGUCCUUGUCGAAGACGGCGGCCGAAUUCACUCCGCGUCAGACUCUGCGACGUCCGCCGUCGGGCGACGAUAUUUUCGCGAUGGAUGAUCAUAGUGACAGUGCCGCAUACCCGACGAUUCAGGAGAGCGGGAAUAAAUUGGCGAUGCCUAUGACGUCUCCUGCUGCUGGAAAGUCUCCGGCGGUAUGGAAGGCUGCUGGUGCACCGAGGGUUGAUAUGAAAGCUGUCAUGGCGGAAGCUGCGAGCCAGAGUCAGAGCGCCACUAGCUCAUCGCGCCCAGCUACCACCAACAAACCUUCACAAGCGGGUUCGUCUGGUCCCGGAUUGACCACGCCGUCAAAGCAGGCAAUGACGAGACAACCCUCUGGCUCUGGUCCGCCCCUUACUUGGCGCAUCAACGCCGACCCGAACGCUGCUCCGCGUGGGCUGCCGUCGACACCGCCGUCUACGUCCGUGUUCGCUAGCGGCUCGCCGAAGGAUGGGAUGGCGAACGCACGUUUGGGGGCUGGUGCAGGUGUAGUUACAGUCCCGUCGAGCGCGUCGAAGGUGCAGCAGGGUGGUGCGCCCCUGACCCCUGCGCGCCCCGCGCAGACGCCUGGAUUGGGUCCUGUUAUCACGCCAACGAGACAAACGUCGUCGUCCAAAGUCAGCUUGUCGACGCAUCGGAAUGCUGUCGCGUUUGUGAAUGUUAGUGGCGGCAAAGCAUGGUCACAGUCCCAACCAUUCGGCCCACCUCCCACCUCCACAUCCACAUCCACAACCACAACCACAUCUUCACCUUCCGCGCCUACCAAAGGCGUCUCAUUCCUCGCCAUCCAAAAUUCCCAGCUUGAAGCUACACCGGUGCGAGAUAAACGCACGCUGCGCGAGAUUCAGGACGAGGAGCGCGAGCUCCAGGCCGAGGCGGACUUUAUGAUGUGGUGGACGGCCGAGGAGCAGCGUGUGCGCGCGGAGCAGGAGAGAGAGGCGUUGGCGCUUGCGCAGUUUCAGAGUAAUGCGAAUGCUAAUGGCAACGCGAGCGGUAGUAAGAAGUCUAGGAAGCCGAAGCCUAGGGGACCACCGAAGCCGAAAUCGGACGCUGCUGCUGCUGGGGGUGCAUCUGCGUUGACGCCGACGUCUGGUAAACCGGAAGCGGGGUCGUCCAGUGCGCCUCCGCAAGGUUCUGAGGGCGCAGGGUCUACGCACACACCCCGGCGACGACCACACAAACCACGUCAGAAAAGCCACGCAGACCCUUGA